AUGGUAAUAACACCGGCGAAGGACCGUCGCAAUAUCAUGCUGCACGCCUACGACCUGGGCAUGACGAAAGGCGACUACGUUUUCUACACUAUGGAGAUGAUCCCCGACGAUGACGUCAUCGAUGCGUCAGAGACGUGGUGGGGUACAGACAACCGCAACGAGGAAGCGAGGCAGGCGUUCGAAUCCGUAUUUCACAUCAGUCUCGCUGCCUUGACUGGAACGCAGGUCAACCAGUUCAGAGUAGAAGUGGCUACGCGCAUGCGCCGUCCACCGUGGAAGGACUACAUGUCAGAACUCUGGAUGGAUAACAUGGGAGACAAGUAUUCGCCGUUUCUACACGACGCUGUCAUUCUAUACGCUCUGUCGUUAAACAAGACAUUGACCGCGGGAGGUGACUACAGGAAUGGAACCCUUGUCGCUGCAAAUGCCAAGAACUUCUUCUUUAAAGGAAUUUCUGGCAAUGCCAUCAUCGAUGCGAAUGGUGAUCGCAUGCCUGAUUACUGGAUCACUGAUAUGUCACCAGAUGGCACUUUCAUCAGAAUUGCCGAGCUCAUCAACACUCAACAGGGACGGCGGAAUUCUAAGAUGGAAGCUGACGCGCUAGAGGUUGAGGUUUGCGGUGAAAAUGGAGCUUAUCACAAAGCAUACGUCGACAGCCUCAGAGGGCAGUGA